AUGAACAAGGACCAAGUGCCAGUAGGGAAGAGCACAUUCUCAAACCUCAGAAUAGUGCAAAGGAAAGCAGGGGAAGAGAGGAAAAUAUUACAAGCUCGAGUAGAGGCCAGGGUAACACCAACAAAACCCGUGGAUCCCAAAGAGCUAGAGGAGAAAGUCCAAAGAGUAAGGGAGAAAUUCAAGAAGGAUGAACAGCAAAGGCAGCUGGUAGUCAUAAAGAAGAUACAAAACCGGAUGGCAAGGCGUAAAUCGACACAAAACCCAGAAGCAAUUCCAGCAAAAAUGAGCAGAAUGGAAGUAGUACUGGAACGAGCGGAGCAAGUAAAAGAGAAAAAGGCGAAAAAGGCACAGGAACUGGCAAAGUCAGAAAUAAACUGGUUCCAAAUGGUAGAAGCAGAGGAAAAAGAAGAGCAGGAAGAGAAAAUGGAGGUGGAGCAGCAGAUUGGAGAGGAAGAACAUGUCUGCACUCCAGGACUUUGUACAAGCGAGGUUGUAACAACCAGCGGCACAAGAGUCAGAGAUAGGAGCUCAUCUUCAUCCAGCUCAUCUUCAUCUAGUUCAUCCUCAUCCAGCUCGUCGUCUAGUUCAAGUGAGACCAGUGAUUCUGAAGAUGAGAGUGCUACAAAAGAAAUAAAGUGCACUGUCAGUACAGAAAGCUUACCGGGUUUUGAGAAAGAGCUAAAGGAACUAGAGGAGGCAAUAGUAGACACAGAAAGAGAAACCGCACUGGAAAGCAAGAUAGAGAAGGAAGAGGAAGCAAUACGGGAGAUAACGAAGAAGCUGGAGGAAAUCAGCAGGAAUAAAGCUAAGGAGGCAAGCGGUAAAACUGUGGAGUGGAAAGUGCAAGAAAAAGACGUAAAUGAGAUAGCAAAGCCAGCACCAAAAGCGGAAUGGAUGGAAGCCAGAAAGAAGGAAAAUGAAAAGGAAAAAGGGGACAAGAAGUUUCACCCGGAAGAUCCCAGGUUCAAACUACGAUGCAGAAGAUGCAAUCAGCGGGGUCAUUUAACAGCGGCAUGCACUGGAGAAAAGAGGAAGAAAAAGAAAUGA